AUGUGUAAAAAUGAAAUUAAAAUUAGAAUAUUUAAAAAUUUCAAUCAAUAUAAUUAAUGUACUUAAAUACUCAAUAAUAUUAUAAAUAUUGUAUAAGUAACAAUUGUUACUGAUUUUGAAGAGACAGAAAUAAAUAGUAAAACAACUAAUAUUACAGAAAUCAGCACUAUUCAAUAGGAUGAAAACAAUGAAAUUGAUUAAAGUGAAUUACAAGAAAUAUAAUAUUAUGUUUAUGAAGAUUUGUAAAAUUUUGUCAAUCUUUUAUAUUCUUUAAUAGCUGUAAAAGAGUAUUUUAAAGAAAACCCUAGUCAUCCUAUGAUUUUUAUAUGCAGGAAUAAGAUAAUCUUAUAAUUAAAUAUUUCAAAUUCAAUUCAUACUGAUUUGAUAAAUUAUGCUCUAUUAAAUAAUAAUUAAAUUAAAUAUUAAUUUGAUUUGAUUAUAAUAUAAAAAUACAUUGAAGUAAGUUUUAUAAAAAGAAAAAAAAAUGCUAAAAAAAUAAUAAAUUAAUUCAAAUUACUUUUAGGAGAUGAAUAUUAAUUACAUGUUGAUAAUUAUAUUUCUAAUAGUUUAAAUGAUGAAUUAUCUAUGAAAUUAUUGAGUAUAGAAAAACUAGAUAUUUAAACUUCUCCAGAUCAAAACUAAAAUAUUUAUUCGUUUCCUUUAGGUAUUGAUAAUCAAAAAAUUUUUAGUCAUUGGAUGA